AUGGGUAAAGGCACCGGCCGGGGCGGAAUCUGUUUCGCGGAUACGAAGCUGGUCAACUGCUUCCUAUUCGUGGCGAAUAUUCUUUUUAUUUUGGCUGGGGUGGUUGUUCUUGCCGUCGGAGCUUUGGAUCAGCGCGGGAACGCGUUUUCUGCAUACAGUCAGUACAAACAGACCAACCCACUUGUCGGGUCAGUGGCCCGUAAUGCCUGGCUGUACAUCGUUGCUGGUGCGGUACUGAUUGGCAUCGGGGCUCUUGGUGUACUCGCGCACUGCGCAGCCAAGUGCUGCCUCGGAAAAUUGUUUUAUUUCUUGUAUAAUCUUGUCUUACUUUUGGCUUUCCUCUUCCUUGGGGCGCUGUGUGUGAUCGCUUGGUACGCAUACGGAACGACCGGGCCGAACGGUUCGAACAAUAUAUCCAGCAACAGCUGGCUCAUGACUGUGCAGAGUAAUCCCCGGUUCGUGUGCUCCCAGGAGCUCCAUUAUGGGUGUGCCGGUUACAACGCAAACCAGUGCUCAACAUCGAAUCCGGACGUUCAGUAUUGCCCGGGCAUAAGCACCGGCGGAUCGUGUCGAACAAGCGAAGAGUUGAACGCGGGACGCGGUUGCGCCGAGCCGAUCAAUGAAGCGUUCCGCCACGACUGGUUCGUGCUUGCAGUGACCUGCACCGUUGCAUUGGCUGUGAUUGUGCUAUGUUAUCUGGCCAGCUGCUGGAGAACAUUCUGCACCUGCUGCGGAAUCUAG